GCAGAAGGAGAGCGGGCGGGCGGGCGGCAGGAAAAUGGCGGAGGAGGCGCUGCUGAGGGGGUUCCGCCUGAGGCGGGCGGGCAGCGCGCAGAAGUUCGGGGUGGCGGCCGGCAGCCUUCGAGGGCUGCUGAGGAAGGGCUGCCGCCUGCUGCAGGUUCCGUUGGCAGGCAGCCGGCUGUGCCUGUACGAGGACGGCACGGAGCUGAGCGAGGGCUUCUUCCGCACGCUGCCGCCGCAGACGGAGCUGGUGCUGCUGGGCGCCGGGGAGAGCUGGCAGGGCUGUGUCAGCGACGUGGAGCGGCUCCUGGCCGCCUUCCACAGCCAGCGCGACGCCAUCGUCGAGGCCGCACAGAAGCUGCUCUCCGACGAGCAGGCACCCAGGAGGCAGAAGCUGCUGGCAGACCUCAUCCACAACCUCCACGAGAACAUCUCGGCGGAGGACAGGCAGGAGGACAGCAAGUGGUUCGAAGGUCUAGAGUCUCGUUUUAAGAACAAAUCAAGCUAUAUGCGGUACAGUUGUGAGAGCAGAAUACGAAGCUACAUGAAAGAGGUUAAUAAUUUUAUUUCAAACGUUCAUCCUACAGCAAGAGAUGCAUAUAAAAGGAUAACUGACCUGAUGUCGGACAAACUGAAAUCUGCGAAAUAUAAUGGCUGCUACUUUGACAGGAGAGAGGAGGAAGCAGUCCGCCUGUGCACUAUGGAGGGAUGGUUCUCCUGUCAGGGACCUUUUGACAGAGAUGACUGCCCAUGUAAGCAUUCCAUCAACCCCUACAGCAACAGGGAAAGCAGAAUCCUCUUCAGUACCUGGAAUCUUGAUCACAUAAUAGAGAAGAAACGUACUGUUGUCCCAGAACUGGCAGAAGCUGUCAAAACACGAGAUGGAAGAGAAGUGAACUGGGAAUACUUCUAUCAGCUACUGUUUACCAUAGAUAAUCUAAAACUUGUACAUAUUGCUUGCCAUAAGAAAACGGGUCAUAAUCUCAGCUGUGACAAGACUAAAAUUUACAGAAAAAGGGAGCAAACCCACGAGAUUUCAUAGUACUGUCUCCGAAAGUGACUUGCUUUUUACAAAAUCAUUUAAGAUGGUGGCAUUUUUAAAUAGCUUAUUUCUUAAAAACUUAUCUACCAAGCCUCUUCUGGCAAGGACUUCUUCCUUUAUCACCACCAGUGCAUUAAUACAAUUGCAAUCUCAAAAAGCAUACGUUCAGAUCAUGCCUGAUUCUCCCACCUUCUCACUUACUACCAGCGUUCCUUAAACGACAGUGUGGUAGUCUGACUCAUAACUGUAUUGUGUAAAAAUGAGGCCAGGGGCUGACACUGAUUAUACCUUAUGAUCUCCUUCUUGGUAUGAUAAGCAUAGGCCUAAAACUUACAGUAAACAGAAACUUACACAAAAUACUUCUUAAAAACUAAUCUGAGUAGACUGUUUUUAUGAACAUUAGGCCAAACAAAGAAUACUUGAAGAUAAUUGUUUUGCCUUGUGCCUUUUCCAGGUAGACAACCUGUGUCAUUUCAGAGGUGCUAAGUGAUUCAGCAGCAGAGCUGCUGACGUUUCUGUUGCAAAAUAGCUGCACUCAUCCAUGACCCUUCCAUUUACCGUUGCAGAGAUGCAGAUCCUCUAGAAGGAAUCACAAGGCUCUGGUGCAUCUUUGCAUUUGCCACCUUUGUUCUUUGUCAUCUCUCUCCUUGAUUUCCCUCUCCUUUCAAUAGUCUUCGCCUCUUUAGCUUGAGCUUGCUUGAAGUAAUGCAUGCAGUUUUAUUACAUAAUAAUCAUGUUUGCUGCUUUCAGGAAUGUUGCUUCUGUAAAACACUCCCUACCUCUCAGGUAACAAAAUCCAAAUAGAUCAUUUUCUAUUUUUAAAUACAGGCUGAUCACAACUGAACAUUCAGGGCCCGUCAAUGGAAACAACAUGAGUAUUUUUUUAAAUAAAAAAUCACUGCCA